CUCCCUGAAACCAUCAGUUCAAUUGUUCCUCCAGUCGGCUAUCACGCUCGGGAAGUGUCGUACCCAACAAAUUUAUUGCGCUUAUCAUGUCUGUGGAUACCAUCAUCGAGAAAAUUAAGGCGCGCUUGGCAGCCGUUGAUCCGAAUGGGCCCCGCAAGGUAGUGGGCGUGUUCCAGCUGAACAUCAAGACCGAUUCCGAUGUCAAGCAAUAUAUUCUUGAUCUGAAGCAAUUGAAGGUCGAUACGGGAGUUAGUCCUAGCCCGGAUGCCACUCUCACUGUCGGAUUGGAGGAUAUGCUGGCCAUCAGCGCGAAAACAUUGUCCAGUAGCGAUGCUGUGAAGGAUGGUAAGAUUGAGAUCACCGGAGAUCUCGAACUGGCUGCCAAGUUGAGCGGAGGGUUGGGUUAAAUUUGGGUGGAUUUUACCAUGUGAAUAAGCUAAAUGUGAUCCGAGAUGAUUUUAUUAUUAUUUAUUGGUAGUGUUGGAAAAAGUUCCAAAUUUCAAAACAUAUUGUAGAUUCAAAUCAGCUGCUAGUAAAACAAUCGAACAAAAAAUC